CUUCAAGUAACUGCAGUGGAAACUCAAGUUCAAAUAUUUGUUUUGGAACAUCUUGUAUUUUGGAAUACGGUGUAAUCUUGUGUGAUCUUCAGAACAAAUCACAGAAAGCUGGGAAAAAGCACAGAUUUGAUGUCAUGGAGAAAUCAAUCUUUUGUUAACUUUUCUCUCGAUCGAAUUCAAACAUCUGUACACAAUUCACUGCUACCAAGUUUAUCUCGCUUCGAUCUUCUGGCAAUUUUUUUUUUACGAUUUAGUGGCUUUCAAAGCUUACAUUCAUCAAGGAAAGCACAGUUUGAGUAAUGUAUACUUCUGUCGGGUCGAAGGAAACUAACUUUGGUGAGUAUCAACAAUCAUAGUGUCACUUGCUAAACAUCUUCUUAGUAACACCGAAGAAACUCGCAAAUGCGGUCAGUGUUUUUACCACUGGACAUUAGUUGUUAAUGAUAUGACAGUAAAGCAAAGCGGUGAUCUUUUUCAUUUCCUUCUCAAACCUUUUGAACUGUUUCGAGAAUUGUGUGGUCUACUUUCCGUAAAAUGUAUGAAUUUGCUUACUCUUUACCGAAUAUGUUUUCGUUCAAUCGUGUAAACGAAAUUAUGUCAUUUAAUCGAUCGGCGCCAAUGGGCAAAUAUAGAAGCUUUAAUUGGGCAGAUUUCAUAUCUGUGUUUGUGAUCACUGAAGCAAGGAAUGUUCCAUGUUUUUGAAAUUUCAAUACAAAAAAUGGAAAUUUAAAUGCCAGUGAUAUUUUUCGUGCGUUGAUUUCCUCUGAGAUUUAGCUUAAAAUUCUACGUAGAGUACGUUUAUUUUUUUACCCCCUUUACUUAUAAUCAGUGGUGUUAACAUGGUCGAGGAGAAAACGUAGUCCAGCUUUUAACAAUAUACACAAUAUACACAAUACUCCUGAAAAUGUUCGCUGCUGUUUGUGACAAAGUAGAGAAAAAGCAAACAGUAGGAAAAAGAAGGUAUUGACUGGUCUAGCUGUUUGUCUGUAUGGGAAAAAACUGUGCCCUUGGUCUUGAGUUCAGCCCUCGGCCAAGCUCAAUGAUCCCCUCUCAGUAAAUAACGCAGGUUUAGUGGAUUCAGCUGUUUGAGGAAUAAUAAGUUUACUCCUGUAUGUUCUAACUAGUCCUAUCCAUUAUUCAAAAAAGCCAGAACAGUCGUUUACAAAGCCAUGUACCAGGUUUUCUUUAACCCUUUUACUUCCCUGAUUGAGUGAAACAGAAUUUAUCAGCAUAAUGCCAACACAACAUCAAGUUGACAAGAAUAAACUGUUAAUAGGGGAUUUUUAAUUAAUCCAAUACUAUUAUAUAUAUAUAUAAUCUUUAUUUAAGCACGAAACAAUUCAUCAGCAAUUACAUUAACUAAAACUAUUUAAAAAUUAAAACACUAACUAAUAACUAAAAGCUGUUUUCCGUGAAUGCCGUGCGUUAUAGAGUGGCAUUGAUCUUGCGUUUAAAUAGUAAAUUCACCAAAGGAACACCACCACAAUUGUUUAGCAGACAAUAAGGAGAAUUGAUAAUAAGAUCUUGGGAAUGAAAGGGUUGAGGAAAGUGUCAGCAGUAGAGAAUAUUAUGCCGUUGCUUUACUUUAUUCUUUAUUUUUAUAACGAAAAUCCUGGUGAAGAAAAAAGGUACUCUGAGAAUGUCUUUUUGGCUUAGUAACACAAUGCAAUGACAUGACAAGGGUCGAUUUUCAAAUCCCUCAGUUUAGAGCCUAGGACACAAAUUUCUCUGCCACCAUGAUUCCUACUACUGAAUGCAUGCAUACAACCCUUCAACACCCAGAUAUUAUUGACAUGUACCUUCUCCUUAAACAUCCAUACAUUGUUCAGCAAACAGGAAAUGAGAAUACUCAAACUUAUCAGGUAGAAGGUGCUAUCUUGAUCUCACACCAAUUCUCGUUACUAAUUUAUGAUGAAAUUUGUAGCAGCUUGAGAGCAGAAUUACGAUUUGAGAGUGUAAGGGUUGAUAAUAUUCACUAAAAUUUGUUUUUUUCUCCCAGAAACAGAACAAAGUCCCCAACCAGAGGAGAAAGUAGUGAUUCCUCCUUACAGGAGUCCAGAAUGUCACAACAAAUCUUUCCAAGUAAUGAACACCCUGCGUGAACAAAACCAGCUGUGUGAUGUUUUGUUGAAAGCGGCAGGAAGUGAGAUUCCAGCACACAGGGUUGUCCUCGCAUCAUCUAGUCCUUAUUUUUUUGCAAUGUUCACUGGGGAGCUGUCAGAAAGUCGACAAACUGUGGUAACCAUGCGUGAAAUUGAUAGCCGUGCGCUUGAACUUUUAGUGCAAUAUGUGUACACAGCUGAGAUCGAAGUCACAGAGGAUAAUGUUCAGGUAAUGAAUUCAAUGGCUUUAAUGCUUUUUUUAACCACUGUGUAAGCUGUGACUCAUAGGUACUCACAGUAGGUGCAUGUACCUUUGCUCUGACAAAGGGGAAAUGCUCGAAAUGUCAGCCCUGAAACUCUUUGGCCAAUUAUACUUACCCUGUUAUACUCUCCCAAAAAUGCAGCACCAUGGUUUCUUUUAUUAGAGACUUACUCCUUUACUCAUAGAUGUGUCUUCAAUUGUAUAAUAAGCUGCAUCACACUUGAAUUUUAAUUGUUUAACUACUUAUGAUCUGUUGGAGCACAGAAUAAUAUUUUACUCUUUUUAUCAUGUAAAAUAAAUCUAUUGAACUAAGGACUGACACAAAGAUGAUGUUACCAUGAAAAACAUUUUUCUCUUUUUGUUUAGUAAAAUAAAUCUAUGGAAGUACAGAUGCAAAGAUGAUGUCACCUUGAACAAUGUUUUGCUUUUCAUUGUCAUGUGAAAUAAAUCUAUCAGCUGACAGAGGCACAGAUUAUGUCACCAUGAACAACAUUUUGCUUUUCAAUUCAUGUGAAAUAAAUCUAUCAGCUGACAGAGACACAGAUGAUGUCACCUUGAACAACAUUUUGCCUUUCGUUGUCAUGUAAAAUAAAUCUAUCGGCUGACAGAGACACAGAUGAUGUCACCAUGAACAACAUUUUGCUUUUUGUUGUCAUAUAAAAAUAAAUCUAUCAUUGGAUAACUUGCAGUACUUUCAUCUAAAAUUUUGUAGCAACUUCUAUUUUAAUUCUCCAGGAAUAUAUAUUUUUUUGCAUUAUAUGGAUAAUAAAUGUCCAUUUUUUUGUGUUUCUGACAUAGGUAAACCUCAUCAACAUUCCUUUCUCACCUUAGCAAAGGGAUACAUUGUUGUAUGUUGGUGACAUAGAAUACCUCUGCCUAAAGUGGUGUUUACAAAGAGGACAGGCAUCCUGUAUCAUAAUCUUUUUUGGAAACAUUGUGUAGAAAAUGCACUUAAAAAUUGUGUGUACAAGUUUUGUAAUUUUUUUUUUCAUGUUUUUUUUAGGUUUUGCUUCCUGCCGCUAAUCUUCUUCAACUAACAGAUGUCCGUGAUGCAUGCUGUGAAUUUCUGAAAGCUCAACUCCACUCCACAAACUGUUUAGGAAUCAGAGCUUUUGCUGACAUGCAUUCCUGCAGUGAUUUAAUGAUUGCUGCCCACUCAUUUGCAGAGAAACAUUUUAGUGAGGUUGUUCAGGCUGACGAAUUUCUUGCUCUGCCAACCAUUCAAGUAGAAGAACUUGUCUGCAGUGACCAGCUAACAGUUCCCUCCGAGGAGAAGGUAUCAUACCCCCCAAAAAACUUUAAUUUAAUUCCUCAACCAUUGACACCAUAACAACAGUAUGCAUGUUCUCCUUAAACUGUUCUCUGUGCAUAUCUUGUGGUACAUUGUAUGAACGAGGGAAAUUUGUUUAACAAUCAAGAGCUUCUUUAGUUGGUGAUCAUUUCCUUUAUCCUCAUGAUCUUAAUGUUUGAUUCAGAGGUGAUUAGAUAAAAAUGAAUAAGAUACUAUUCCCUCUUUGGAGUUAAAGGGUAAAGGUCAUACACACAUGCAAAUGAAUCCCUUAACUGCCAGACUGCUCCCUGGUUUCUGCAGAAGGUGACAAGGAGAAUUACUAAUCCUUUUGAAUGAGAGAUUAUUUCAUUGCAUGGUCCCUCUCCUCCCCUCUGCUCUCUGCCUCUCCCUCAUUACAAACAGUAUUUGAAGUCUCCCUGACUGUGUGAAGACACCCAUUUGUACUCCUGGGUGAGAAGAGACCCCUUUACCCUUUGACCCCAAAGAGUGACAUGCAUCUAAUUUCUCCUCACAAUGUUACCCCUGGAUCACACAUUAAGGUCACAAGAAUAAAGGAAAGAAGUUCAACUGAAGAAGCUCUUGAUAGUUUGACAAAUCCCCCUUGUCAGCGCCUUGUAUGGUGAACAGUAUAGAGAAUAUACAUAAUGAUGCUAUGUAUGGCUAAAAGUGUCCAGAGUGCAGUACAUGCACCACAGGAAAUGUAUAGAGAACAAUAUGGAGACCUUGAAAACUGAAAACUGAUGUUAGGUCGUAAAGGGGUUAAGCAUUUAAGUUAGUUAAGUAUUUCUUGUAGUCAAAAUUGAUACCUUGAAUAAUCAUCACAAUUUUUUUUUUUUUAACAUACAUGUUUUAUAUACAUAUACAUGUCCCCCAAUAGCUCAUAUAGCUGUAGUGUAUUGAUACUUGAAUAAAAUAAAGUUCAUUGGUAUUAUAAUUAAUAUAGCUUGUCAUUGCAUAAGAAACAAAACAAAAAACAAAACCAAAAUAAACGAAAAAAAAAAGAUAAACUUCACACGAACUUAUCAGUCUUAUGGAGAAAGUGGAAAAUUAUGUAUCACUUUGGUCCUUACAGUUGUUUCAGAGCAUGAUGGCUUAAACGUAUGUGUUUGUGUUGUACUGUAGGUAUUCGAAGCUGUGGUUACUUGGGUGAAUUACGACCCUGAACAUAGACAGGAGUGCCUGGCACAACUCAUGGAGCACGUGCGACUCCCUCUGCUGUCACGUGAAUACCUCGUGAGUCGCGUGGAGACGGAAACACUGGUCAAAAACAAUAACAUGUGCAAAGAUUUUCUUAUCGAAGCUAUGAAAUAUCACCUGCUCAGUAAUGAACAGCGGUCAUCUGUACAGUCACCGAGAACUCGUCCCAGGACACCGAUUGGAUUGCCUAAAGUGAUGUACGUCGUCGGAGGCCAGGCGCCCAAGGCUAUACGAAGGUAAGAAAGUGAGCAGGAGUCCGUUUUAUGCCGAUUUAGUAUAUCGAGAAUUUCUUAUUUUUUCACAUGUGUACAAGGAGUAUUAUUUACUGUUAUGCAAGUGGAACUCUAGUUAUUUAACGCUUUUUUUCCAUUUUCAACAAACAUAAUUAUAAGCAUACAAACAAAGCACUUUUUAUUGAAUCAAGCAUGUUUAGGGCUUAGUCUUGACAUGUGAACUGAAUUUAUCCUCGCUUCCCCGUAAGCUGUCGGUUCCUUUUUUUUUUCAAUUUUGUCGAACAUAAUAGUUCCGUAACAUGGAAAAACAAAGCGGCUCAAGUUGACAAUACUUGUUUUGUUUUACUGUCAGUGUGGAAUGUUACGAUUUCAAAGGAGAGAACUGGUACGCUGUGGCAGAGAUGAACUCUCGUCGUUGCCGCGCUGGAGUAGCCGUGCUAGACGGGCUCGUUUAUGCAGUUGGCGGCUUCAACGGUUCACUGCGCGUUCGCACAGUCGACUGCUACGAUCCUGGGAAAGACCAAUGGCGUCCUGUGGCUUCCAUGGAGGCGCGGCGCAGUACACUUGGUGCGGCAGUAAUGAAUGGACUGUUGUACGCCAUAGGAGGAUUUGACGGUACAACGGGACUCAACACUUGCGAAGUGUAUGACCCCAAGAUAAACGAAUGGCGAUCUAUUUGUCCGAUGAGCACCCGAAGAAGCAGCGUCGGCGUAGGCGUCCUCAAUGGUCUGCUUUACGCCGUCGGCGGGUACGACGGCGCGUCGAGACAUUGCUUGAGCUCAGUUGAGUGUUACAAUCCAAACUCAAACGAAUGGGGUCUAAUGGCCGAAAUGAGCACGCGGAGGAGUGGAGCGGGAGUGGGUGUGGCCGAUGGGCUCUUGUACGCCAUUGGCGGACACGACGGGCCGCACGUGCGGAAAAGCGUGGAAUGUUUUAAUCCGGAUCAGAACCAAUGGCGAUCGGUAAGCGACAUGAGCAUGUGUCGUAGGAACGCUGGUGUGGCCUCAGUUAAUGGCUUGCUUUUUGUUGUCGGAGGCGACGACGGCUCCAGUAAUCUGUUUUCUGUUGAAGUUUACAACCCCCGGACAGACCAGUGGGGCUUACUGUCAACCUUCAUGACGAUAGGCCGCAGUUAUGCGGGAGUCGCUGUGAUUGAUAGGCCUAAUACCUAA